AUUCGAACAAGGGUCAUGGAAAAGUUAUCGAAGCCAUGCGUUGUCGUCGUAUGACCGGGGGGGAUUUAUGCUUGGUACUUAUCAUUCAUGCAUAAGAGAGAGGCGUAGCUUUGGUCAUGCCACACAACAUCGUUUGCUUAGUGCAACUUAAUUUUCAGAAGCUGAUGGGGGGGGGAAUGUAUGGAUCGGGAUAAGGUAGCAACAAAUGGUUCCAUUUUGUUCCUUCACUUCCUUCCUACUUCUUGGAGCGGAAAUUCUCUGCAAGAGGGGUUUUCCGUCAAAAAGAGAAAAGAGGAAAAAAGCUCAGGACGGAUGCGGGGCAGUUCUGGAUCGGGCGGUUCCGCCGCGGACAUUGGACAAAUUGCUGAUUGGCUGGGGAAACAGGCAAAGGUUGUACCGGGAACGGACCAAUGGGCGGUGGGGACUGAUUGGGGUGGGGUCUGAACGCGGCAUUGCUGUUCUUAGCCGAGUCGAGCUUUACGGAGGUGGAGUGAGUUAUCUAUUAGCUACUUUGUAGUGAAGGUAAUGAUGGUCAGGAUAGAUGGGGGAGAAUGAUUCAUUACUAUAGUAACUUGGAAGGGGACACAAGAG